UGCCCAGCGCUAUGGCCCAGCGGCGGCCGGGAGCCCGGGGGAGCCCCGAGGCAGGGGAGCCCGGCCCGCAGCUGGCGGCGGGGAGCUGCCCCGUGCAGAUCCGAGUGGCCGUCCAGGCGGCCGCGGCGGAGGAGGAGGAGGAAGGCGGCGAGGCUGCGAGCCCGGCGGCGCGGGGCGGCGGCAGCUGCAGCGAGGAGGACUCGGGGCGGUGCGGGCGCUCCAGUGGUGGAGAAAAUGAUGACGACUCUGACCAGAACUGGAAACCACCAGAAAAUGACCUGAUCCAGAAGUUAAUAGCACAGAUUGAAUAUUACUUCUCAGAUGAGAACCUUGAGAAAGAUGCCUUCCUUCUAAAGCAUGUGAGAAGAAAUAAGAUGGGCUAUGUCAGUGUUAAACUCCUCACUUCUUUUAAGAAGGUGAAACACCUCACCCGUGACUGGAGAACCACAGCCUAUGCACUGAAGUACUCAGACACUCUUGAGCUCAAUGAUGAUAACAGGAAGGUUAGAAGAAUUACUCCAGUUCCAGUGUUUUCAAGUGAAAACCUCCCUACCAGGAUGUUACUGGUGUAUGAUAUCCACAUGGAACUGCAGGCUCUCAGCAAACAACAAGAGAAUGGAUGCAUGCAAGAAAGGAUAAUGGAGCAUCUCCUCAGAACCUUUGUAACUUUUGGUGUCAUUUCAUCAGUUCGUAUUCUUAAGCCUGGUAGGGACCUACCACCUGACAUCAGGAGGGUCAGCAAUCGGUACCCCCAGCUGGGAACUCAGGAAUGUGCAAUUAUAGAGUUUGAAGAAGUAGAUGCUGCCGUACGUGCUCAUGACUUCAUGUGUGCUGAAAAGAAAGAGACUGGCAUUAAAGUUGUCCUAAUAGGCAUGAAACCUCCAAAGAAAAAAGUUCCCAAAGACAAGAACCAUGAUGAAGAUACUGGCAAGAGUCUUAGGAAGGCUAGAUCCCUUAACAAAAGGGUUGAGGAACUUCAGUUUGUCGGUGAUGAGUCUUCAGCAAACAGCUCUUCUGACCCAGAGAGUAACCCUACAUCUCCAUUGUCAGGACGCAGGAACACCACAAGUAAUUUGAGCCCCGUCAUUCAUCCAACCAACCAUUUGAGUCCUCAUGUGUCACCCAGAUCAAGUCCUUGGAACAGUCCAUCCUCGCUAAGAAAAACAACAAAAAAGUCUCCUCUGGCUGAAGACAGAAAGCUUAAUCCAAGCACUAGUCCUGAAAUUCCAAGAAAAUGUACAGAUUAUUCCUCAGAUAGCAGUAUCACUCCUUCUGGUAGCCCCUGGGUACAGAGAAGGAAAGCUCAACCUGUAAGACAGGAGAAGAGCCCUGUCAGUAGCCCCAUGUUAGCUCGGAAAAUACAAAAUGCAGAUGGUCUGCCCGUGGGGGUGCUGAGGCUGCCCAAGGGUCCUGAUGGCACUAGGGGCUUCCACAGUGGAUGUGAACAAAGGAAGGCUACAAAGAAUGAAUAAAUCAUUCUUUUAAAAAAUGUCACAGGUCAGUCAACUGCUUUUGUUCAAUCCUGGUGAAAAACUGUCACUUGAGUGACUAAGCUAGGUCAUUAUUUAAUUUUAAAAUAUUUUGUAUUCAUAUAGAGACUUUAUUAUUUGUUUAUUCGCUUCACAGAACCAGAGGAUGGUUGAGGUUGGGAAGCAUCUCUGGAGAUUGGCCAGUCCACCUCCUUUGCAGGGUCCACUGCAGCAGGUCACUGAGGGGUUUCAGUAUCUGCAAGGAGAGACUCCCCAAUCUCUCUGGGCAUUGUGUUCAGCCAUCCACACAGGAAAAAGUGUUUCCUUACAUUCAGGUGGCAUUUUCUUUGUUUUGUGCCCCUUUUCCUAUUACUGUGGAUUUCUGAGAAUAGCCUAGCUCCAUCUUCUUCACUCUUUCCCAUCAGAUAUUUAAAAAAAAACACUGAUGAGAUCUGCCCUGAGCCUUCUCUUCUCCAGUCUAACCAGCCCCAGCUCUCUAGCCCUCUCAUGAGAGCUGUUCGUGUCUCUUAAUCAUCUUAUGGACUUACCUAAUGCAAUGCCCUCAUCUGCAUUAUUGUUUUAAAAUGUAUUAGUUUGAAACAGACAUAAAUCCUUCAUGUAACUACAUUAUUUGCAAAGCAGCAGUGUGUAAAUACUUAGAGUGGUUGUAUUAGAAGCUGUUGGUGCAUUACCAGUCUAAUCAUAAGGAAUUAAGGUUUUAAAGACUGUCUCAAAAGGAACUGAGAAACUUAUGCUACAGGGAGCAGUUGCUGCUUGCAUACAUCUCCAAAGAUGAUAAUGUUUAGUUGGACCAAAGUGUGUAUUUUUGUGUGAUGUGAAUGAAGACUCUGAACAUUGAAGAUUGUUCUGGAAGGGUUAUCUCACAUUAUGAGAUGGAAAUAAAUGAAAUUACUAACUUGG